AAAUAAUCUCCUUAGAGCAAUGGAAGAAAAUCUCCCUCCAGGGUUUAGGUUCCAUCCAAGUGAUGAAGAAUUAAUAACAUAUUAUCUGAGUAACAAAGUUUCUGAUUUCAAUUUCACUUGUAGAGCCAUAGCUGAUGUUGAUCUUAACAAGUCUGAGCCUUGGGACCUCCCUGCGAAAGCGUCGAUGGGAGAAAAAGAAUGGUACUUCUUCAGCCAAAAAGAUCGAAAGUACCCAACGGGACUUCGAACUAACAGAGCUACAGAAGCUGGCUACUGGAAAACAACAGGCAAAGAUAAGGAGGUUUAUAGGGGUGGAGUUCAUCUUGUUGGCAUGAAGAAAACUUUGGUUUUCUACAGAGGGAGAGCUCCUAAGGGUGAAAAAACCAAUUGGGUUAUGCAUGAAUAUAGGCUAGAAACCAAUCUUGGUUUCAAACCUUCUAAGGAGGAAUGGGUAGUUUGUAGGGUGUUCCAUAAGAACUCAACUGCAAAGAAACCACAGCCAACAUCAUCGUCCCAACAAUCUGACCAUGAAGAUCAAUCCACUUGUGACACUUAUCAUCACACAUUACCAAAUGAGUUUGGAGAUAUGGACCUAACAAAUAAUUUCAACCUAGCCACUCCAAUUGGCAAUGGGUCAUUGACCAAUAUCUCCUUACAUAAUUACAGCAAUAUUCAAGAGAACAUGAAUAUCAUGAACUUGGCUGCUCUACCGUCAGUGAAUUCUUUGCUUUUUAGGGCAUUACAAUUAAGGGGGAAUUUUAAUAAUCAGCCAAGGGAUGAUAUAAUUCCAGCUACUACAAUAACUAGUACUAGUAAUUACCCCUUUAAUAUUCAACCGCAAGGUACUAUUUCUGCUUUCGGGGUUGAUUUUGACCCAGUACUGGAACCGCCUUCUUCCUCUCAUGUGGUGUUCAAUCCUCUUCAGCCCCAAGGAGAGCAAUCAUACAAAUUGGACUCUAAUAUUUGGGAGUAACUUCGUACAUUUCAUAUUAUAGGACUAUUCAGAACGACUUUCUGUCACAAAAAGGUUACAUUACUUGUAAUGAUUGACUCGGGAAAAUCCCUAGUCUCUAUUAAUGUACGUAUCUUUUAUUCAAGUAAAUUAGCUCCAUAUUUGCAUUUGUAUAAAAAUACUAACUUCGA